AUGGUGGAGAAAGAGUGUAGAGGGCACGUUGUAGUGCUCCCAUAUCCAAGCCAAGGCCACAUUAAUCCUCUCCUCCAAUUUGCAAAACGUUUAGCCUCGAAAGGGGUGAAGGCCACAUUCGCUACAACCCAUUAUACUUUCAAGUCCAUUUGUGCAGCAAACGUCGGCGUUGAGCCCAUCUCCGACGGGUGUGAUGAGGGCGGCUUUACGCAAGCGGGAAACGAGGAGUUAUAUCUAAAGUCAUUCAAGGCGAAUGGCUCAAGAACUCUGUCUCAACUCAUCCAGAAAUUCCAAGACUCCAAAUCCCCCGUCACUUGUGUUGUGUACGAUUCAUUUCUGCCAUGGGCUCUUGAUGUUGCUAAACAACAUGCCAUAUACGGGGCUUCUUUCUUUACCAACUCCGCCACAGUAUGCAACAUAUUCUGCCGCAUACACCAUGGCCUCCUUUCUCUGCCAGUGAAGCUGGAAGACGUGCCGUUGUUGAUUCCCGGCCUACCUCCGUUGAACUUCCCCGACCUCCCGAGUUUUCUCAGGUUGCCGGAAAGUUACCCGGCCUACCUGGCAAUGAAAUUGAGUCAGUAUUCCAACCUGGACAUGGCUGAUUGGAUAUUUAGUAACACGUUCGAAGAAUUAGAAGGGGAGGAGGCGAAAGGUAUAUCAGAGCUAUGGCCGGCAAAGUUGAUUGGUCCAAUGGUCCCAUCGGCUUACUUGGAUGGCCGGAUUGAGGAUGACAAGAGAUAUGGAGCGAGUCUAUGGAAGCCAAUUGGCGAGGAGUGCAUGAAAUGGCUAGAAACGAAGGCACCUAAGUCAGUAGUGUACGUCUCCUUCGGAAGCAUGGUCUCCUUGACAGCAGAACAGAUGGAUGAAAUAGCAGGGGGCUUGAAGGAGAGCGGCUUACCUUUCCUGUGGGUGGUGAAAGAAUCUGAACAUGGUAGAUUGCCUGAUGGGUUCGUCGAGUCAGCAAAAGAAAAGGGUUUGAUUGUGAGAUGGUGCAACCAGCUAGAACUGCUGGCGCACCCAGCCAUCUGCUGCUUUGUGAGCCAUUGUGGGUGGAACUCAACGCUCGAAGGGCUUAGCCUUGGUGUGCCGAUGGUGGGAGUGCCACAGUGGGCUGACCAGUUGACUGAUGCCAAGUUUGUGGAGGGGAUUUGGCGGGUGGGGCUAAGAGCCAAGGAGGAUGAGAAGGGUGUUGUGAGAAAAGAAGAGCUUGUGAUGUGUUUAAAGCAAGUAACGACGGAGGGAGAGAAGAGCCGGGAGAUAAAGAAGAACGCUAAUAAAUGGAGGGAGUUGGCUAAAAAAGCCCUCGGUGAAGGAGGGAGCUCCGAUAAGCGUAUCAAUGAAUUUGUUGAGCAGUUGAUAUUACGUGCUAAUGAAUCAUAUGAUCAAAAGAGGGAGGCGGCGGCGGCAGCAAAGGACAUCCCAAACGGUCAUCACUAGCUUGGUGUAGCUUUGGCCGGACUCAAUUCUCCUAACGAUUAUGCAAUUACUUGUGUGUAUUGGCAUGUAAUUACAAAGCUAC